AGGUGCAGCCGGGAGAAGCGGCGGACAAAGAGCGGCGGCACCUGCACUCACCAUCGGUGAAGAAGUGGUGUGCAGACCAAAGUGCAGAAAGAGGUUAAGAAAGCCAGAAAGGGAACUCAGUGGGACGUGAACUCUACAAGCCAGGUGAAUGCAGCGGUGACUGUGGCCUGAGCAGCUUGGAGCCCCUCCAAACAGCACAAAUUGCCCCAGCUCUUCCCCUGCCUCAGAUCUCGAGGAUAUACAAUACGCAUCCUGUUCUAGCAGUACAGCCCUGUUCUUGCAGGGCUUAUGUUCAGGAAAGUUGAACCAACUUGAUGUGGACAAUAAGCAUGUAUCCCUAUGUGUUUCUGGAUUGAGGCCCGAGCAGCUGCCAAAUUCUGACCAAGGAAAACAUCAGCUUCAGAAGCUUAUUAAAAAAAAAAAACUAGCCAAAAAGGGCCUGCCUUUAUUUGCAGGCAUUUCAUAUUUUAAAAUGUGUGAAUAAUUUUAAAUCUUUAGAAGUAGUUCUAAACAAAACAAACAAAAUACCAAGUGUGAACAAUUGUAACUCAAAAGGUUAAAUUCCAGCCAAGUAACACCAUGAGUUCAGGAAGAUUCUAUUAAAGUAUACUUGUUCAAGCUUAGUAUUAUUGAUAGAGCAGUUUCAACCAUAUCCUACACAGAUAAGUCUAUGUGUUAACAGCACAGGGCUCUGUGAUGUAUGAGCAGAUAAAUGCAUUGUGUACAGUCUAAUUGUAUGGACAGUUUCAUGAAACUGGAAAAAUCAGAGUUCACACAGUAGAUCAAUGAACAAAAAUCCUCACUGUUGCCCUUAUGAACCUUUCAAAUAAAUUGAAGUCUGAUGAGAGGCAACAAGUAAUUGUAGUAUGUUUAGUGAAAAGACUGUUCUUUUAAGGAUGUGGAUUCCAUGGUUGAGAAUCCAAGGAAGACACACUAAGCUGCAUAGGACAUGAAAAGGGCAGGUUAAUAGAGUUGGAGAAAGAAAGUGGUCUGUUAGUACAUUUGUGUGAGAAUGUCAGAGAUAUCAGAACCUUUCUUUUCCUGGUGUUCUUUGUUUAAGGAGAGUAAAAUUAUAUCCUGCAAAAUAGCUGGGAAAGACGGUCAAUUUCCUUCCUUAUCAGGCCACAUCUGAUAACACUUGAGCUGCCCUCAUUGUGUCUAUUUUACUCAUCUGUGCUCUCAAAGUACAGUGCUUUAUGUGUAUUUCCUGGAUGACUAUUUCUAUAGCUUUCAUUGCUUUGCUUUCUUCCUGCUUAGUUUGCUGUUUGGUUCCAUCCUCACAUCUGCAGAGCCCUGUAAAAUAUCUCCAUCAAAGAAGCACCAGUCAUGGAAGUAAAGUAGUCCUAUAUGUGAAAAUGUACUUAAACAGUCAUGAGAAGAAAAAUAGAUUGUAAUAGAUUGUAGGCAUCUCUUCUUACUAUGACAGUGGUGGUGGGAGUUAGUAGUUUGCCAAUCACUGUAUUUGAGUGUUUGGUUAUAAGCAUCCGUUACUUCAAAACUAUAUGAAAGAUCUUACCAACGUGCAAAAAUACACAGCUGCUAAGCCUGACUGGCAUAAUUCUUGCUGAGUGUGCAUCCGUCCUGUUGUCAGAGGUGCAUGGCUAAGGUACCUGCCUCUGUUAGGUCUCUGUUCUACUGCUACUGAGAUUGAAUUGCAAGAGAGAGUGCAUUACAUUUCAUUACUUUAAAAUAGAUAUCAUAGACACAGAGUAUAUAAAACAACAUUCAUUUUUCAAUUACUUCUUUAUUGCUUUCUCUACUAGUAGAGUUAUAAUGUUCAAUUUACUGUAUUAGACUUUUUGUGUCUUCAUACGCAUAUUGAAGAUUUUAUGAGAGCACUCUCAGCCUUACAACUAUUCUUUGCAAAACUAAUGAUGGAUUUAUAGCAACUAUAAAACUGAACACUUUGGUUAUGCCUGCCAGUAUUUUCUUUCCAAGCAGCAUCAUGAGAAGAUGUUUGGCCAAAGGAAGGCGUAAAUUCAGGAAAUUACUAAAAUCAAGGCAGCCAGUUAAUGGUAAUAAGGAGAGUGUUAACUUCCAGCAAAGUUGAUUUCUUUCAAAUUAUUUGGAAGGGACCAUUUUUGUUUAGAAACAUCAGUUAAAUCAGAGCCAAAUCCAUCAUUCGUUGCUUUGUCUAGUCUGCCCUGGAUGCCAGGGGUAGUUUUUAAAUAUGGACCAGGUAAGUGUGAUGGAGACUCAGAAGAGAAAUGUAGCUCUUUAUAAAUCUCUAUUCCUAUUGUAUAAAUCCAUUUGAUAUGCAAGACUUUCCCAGAUAGUAUAAAACACCAAGAGCUUACUCAAUUAUUCAGGAUGUAUCUGAUAACACUGAGAUUAUGAAACAGUAACAUCAGAUAAAAAUAGGCGUUUUUAACAUCAGAGUUUAUCUACCUUUCUAAUGUAAAUUUAUGGUUAUUAAAGAAGCCUAUUUAUAGCUCUUUUCAAAGUGUUACAUAAUAGUGUUUUUUCCAUGUGCCUUUAUACAGAGAUUGAAAUCAUAUUAAUGAGCUAUUCACUGAACAACUGAAUGAAUGUAUGAGUGAUGAGAAUUCACAAGAAAUAGAUGAGUAACACACAAACAAAAAUCCCAACCUUUGUUUCCCCUUAAAUACAUCAGGGAAAUUUAGGAAACCACACAAGCCUUAAAUCUUGAAAAUAAUUAGUCAAAUAUAUAAAUAGGCUUAUGAAUAUGUUUAAUGACUUAGGUAAUGGCAAUAAGGAAAAUGAAUUAUGAUCUUUUCAAGGUUACUUGGUUUCAUAUUAUGGUAUGUACACCUCAAAUGUUAAAUGGGCAAUCAAGUACAAUAGUUCUACAUCUUUUUAAAUGUUAACACUGUUCUGAAUUGUUUUCUUACUUUCUAUACUUUAAAUGCCAACAUGGGACAAUUUAUUACGCUCUAGCAUCUCUUCCAUCUUCCAGCAGAAGUAUUUUGAGCAGAAGUCUUUUGACUUUGCUUAUCCUAGCACUGGUAAUGACUGUAUUAUCCAAAUGCCUCUUGAACACUAACAUGCAUAGGGAACAAAGCUCUUCUGGGAAGCCUGAAGCAGUGUUUGACCACCCUAUGGUGAAGAAAUUUUCCUUUUGUCCAGUCUGACAGCCACUACUCACCUAGGACAUGCCUUCCAGCCCUUUCAUCACCUUUGUUGCCCUCCUCUCAAUGUAUUCAUGUAUCUUAAAAUCUUUUUAUAUUGUGGGCCCACAACUGUGUACAAUGUUCAAAGUGAGGCCAUACCUCUAGAGGGCUUCUGUACCUACAUACUCAGCAAAAUACCUUUGUAUUUUUCCAUGCAUGCUUACGGUAUAUAACAUGCAUAUCAAAUGUAAAAUUAGAAUUUACUUUUCACUCCAAGAUCACAUCAGUACAAAAAAAAAAAAAAUCAGGGACUCUUGCUGACCUUGAAGAAGCAUGACACAAUUUCUGUUAUUUCAAUUAUGAGUUCUUCCAAAGAUUUAACUUACUACAGUGAAAUGAUAGUAGAAAACACUGGAGGUGCUGCAAUAGACACCAGAAUACAAUAUGUUAUGUAUGCUUUAAAAUCUACUGUACAUCUAAGAUCUAAGUAUGAAGUCUGACUGCACCAUCUUGUUCAAAUUAGCUCUAAAACCUACAGAUUGUUCUUCUUCUUGAAUCUGUGAUUCUUUCAUAUACCCAAGUAAGUUUUGGGGUUGCAAAGGUAUUUCUGCCAAAGUACUUUUAACAGUUUUGCAGGUGAAAAGUGCUUGAGGUACUAUUGAUUGCUUAAUGAUUCUUCAAACAGCAAGUGAAGGAAUUAUACAGAGAUCAGGUGAUUUUAUUUAUUAAGAUAUAUUCAGCUUUUUUUAAGUCUGGACAAUAGCUUGUAGAGAUGCAUAAAACUGUGUGCUCGGUAGCCUGUUUUUUCACAAGUCUAAUAACAUUCAGUAGCAAUUGCAGGUGCUUGUACUUGCUGACGUUGUUUUCAUUUCCCCUCCCGCCUCUUCUUCAGAUUAGGGAUGAAGCACAACUCACUCUGACUUCUAUUGCAGCACCAUUGUUAUGUGGAGAAUUUAAUUCAUUAGGCUGUCAGUUUUCAAUUCAGUGGGAGGUUAAUAUUAAUAUGUCCCAAGGAUCUGUGUUAUAGUUAGUACUUAAUAUAUUCAUUAAUUAUCUGGAAAGGCAGAAAUGAAGGGUAGAAGAAAAAAAUGAGGUCAGCAGGAUUUGCAGAUGACAAAGUUAUUUAGCGUAAGUCUUUAUAAGAGGAGGCUGUGAGGAACUUCAUGGAAACAGAAGUAGACAAAUUGGCAGCAUAAUGCUUGAUGACAGUCAGACAUUGACAAAUGUAGCCUAGUGCACAUAAAAAUGAGAAUUCUGAACUGCUUGCAUGCACAGCCCUGUUCUAACUUAUCACUAUUUCCAAAAGGCAAAAGGAACAUCCAGCACAGUAUAGAAAUUCUUCUCACUGCUCAGUGGCAGUUAAAGUCUACAUAAGAGGAUGUGAUGCAAAAAACAAACAAAAAAAACCCCAUGAAAAUGAUACAACAUGAUAGAAAAAUAUUAGUUCCAGUUGAAAGUAAAAAUUUACAAUACGCUAGGGUCAUUCCAUCCCACUUAUCUUAAGAUAGGACCAUUUCUGAAUAAUUUGGAAGUCCAUCUUCAAGUCUGUUUUGUUUCCAAUGCAAGAAGCUGGAAGCCCUUCAUUAUAACACAUGCUGGGUAAAGUUGAAACCUGAAGAGCAUUUCCCUUCCUUUACUUUUGUUUAAUCAAGCUCAGUGCCAUUUCGUGAUAUUCUCUUGAACAGAUUUCCGUUGUUCUAUGAAGAUCUGAUCUCUACAAGACUUCAUCAGUUCAUUUCUAUUCCUAUGCAAUUACCCUGCACACAUCAGCACCAUUCUUCCAUUUUAUUUCUCCUAACUAGCUGGCAUCUUGGUGAUGCUGGUUUGUUUGUUUUUUUUUUUAAGUUUUCUAUUCAUGUUCUCUCUUGAGACUCCCGUGAGAUGUUUGUUUUCUCCUUUUUCCCCCCAAAUUGCUUUUUUUUUUUAUUGGCUUUGAUUCCUUUUCAGGAAGUUCUCACUAUUUCAGAUUAGCUCUUUACAUAACAAGUGUACUAAUAAGGGGAUAAAGGGACAGGAACUUGAGUUUAUAAGCAUUACACAUGCUAAGGUUAGGGACGAGGUUAGUUAUGAUAUAAGCAGCAGUAAUUCUACAAGACUAGAUGCUUUUAUAAGUUGAACUCUGUGGAACACUUGUUCUUGCUUCUCUCUUGUAAAAAAAGUAGAUGAACGUGGAUGAAACAGACAAAUAAUACUUAUCUUACCACUGUGGUGUUCUACUUAAAAUUCAUACAACCCUUUAAGUGUCCCAGCUAAGAGCCCCAGAAUUGCCAUGCCAUCUUAAGCUCUGUAGCUUGUAGUUACAAUUUGUGAAUUGUUCUCUACAUAUUUUUUAUGCAGCACUGCUCUAAGUUAGUUGCAAGGAUGGGAAAUUUAGCUUUUGUGUUUUGUGUAAAUGAAAUUAUCGAUAGAUUCCCCGUAGUACAUUGUAUGAAGGCUUAGGUUUUUGGCAAUACUUAAGUUGAUGAAAAAAUUAUUUUGCUUUAACUUUCAUUUCACAAAGAUGAUGCCCAGGGAGGUUGUGGAUGCCCCAUCCCUGGAGGCAUUCAAGGCCAGGCUGGAUGUGGCUCUGGGUAGCCUGGUCUGGUGGUUGGUGACCCUGCCCAUAGCAGGGGGAUUGAAACUCGGUGAUCACUGUGGUCCUUUUCAACCCAGGCCAUUCUAUGAUUGUAUGAUCAUCUUUGCUCAUAACUGAUGGUUGUAACAGCUUUGAGUCUGAAUAUUACCAAUUAUUUCAGUAAAGGUUUGUUGUUAUUUGAAUAUUUGAACUGUUUGGUUCUAACUAAUUUAUAGGACAGGACAGCAGAGAAAGAUACUAAAUUAUUCGCUAAUAUUUGGCUAAAUUGGAAUGAAAUGACCUUUUCAAAUUGAAAAACACUCAGUAAAAAACAGACAAGGAAGAUUUUUCUGUAUAAAUAAUGAGGGGCCUUUUUUUUUAAUUUAGAAUUCAAAUAAGUAAAUAACCCUGUACUUGUUUAGCUUUGUAAAACUAUGUACUUUGUUUUACUGAGUUCUGAAUACAUUUGACCCUUAAGGAAUUUCCUUUCACAUCUGAUCUUGCAUCUGCUUAGUUUUGAGGAUUGUAAUGCAAAUCUACUGAGAAAAAUUACACUGAAAGCCCCAUAACCAUUUUUUCCUUCCAAUUUAUGUCUGAGUUCCAUCUUGCAAUGAACUAAGGAGAUUAGUUAUGCUACAGAACUAUGUGCCUGUGCAAAUACUAUAUUUGCAAAAAUAACGUAUGCUUCAUAAUUCAAAUAUUAAGCAAUCUCAGUCUCUUAACUGUACCCUCUUUUAAAUCCUGUAUCUUCUUGUAAAGGACAUAAUUUAAUUAAAUGCAACUAAAUAGAGCUCAAAAUAUUCCUUCAGUGCAAUAACCAUCUGUAACGGAACUAAAUAUUUUAUUGGCUUCCUAAAUUCUAUUUAAAAAAUUGCAUCAUUAUAAUUACAGGCAAUUUGCUCCUCAGCAGAUUUAUGCAUGCACUUAUUUUGUGCACUGCAAGCUCUGUGAAUUGUUAUACUUAAAUUAUAUAUUUUGCUUUAAAUUGAUCCAGAGAUGUGAAAUAAAUGUAUCUGAAAAGUGGAAAUACAGUCUGGAAUUCACGAUUGAUUGCAUUUGCUACAGCAAAAUGUUGGCAUUUUGCAUAUGGUGACCUGAGUCCUGCUACAGACUGCUCUCUGUUCUACUGGUACUGGGUUGGUACACAUUUAGACUAAGGUUAGGGAUAAAAAAAAAAAAAAAAGAAACAACUCAAGUUUUUCCCUUUAAGAAGACAAGAAAGGCAUCUUUUGAACCAGAUAAGCCUACUUUUCUUUCAGAGGGGAAUAUAAUGAAUUGAAAAGCAUAGGUGUUUUUAACAUUUUCAGUACUUAAAUGAAAAAUUAGAAAAUAAAGUCAGUUUUCCUAACAUGUUAGAGAUUAUCAGAGACAAAACGUCACUCCCCAAAACAGCUUAUCUGACCCACAAGCCUAGUUCAAGCUAGUGACCUGAAAUCAUGCCUGGCUAUUGAUUGUAGCUGGUUAUGUAUUUACAUGUAUUAUGCAUUUGAAUUUUGUUGCAACUUGUUGUUUACUUUUUAUCUCUUAACGUUGCCCUUUUGCCUAAUAAAGGAGCAAAUCCCUACCAUGCUAGCCUACAUCAUUAAUAAACUAUAUUAAUUGCAUUUUAGUUACAUUAUUACAAAUAGAUCACACAUCAAUUAAUAGUGCAGUCAAAUGGACAGAUUUACUUUGCAAUCAACUGAAACUUAUCUAUUUGUAUUAUGUAUGUAUUUGGGUUUUGAUUAAUGAACCAACAGCUUAUACAUCUGAUAUUGAAAAGCAGAACGUGUCCAAAGUUUUGUCUUCACCUUAAGCUGUUCUUCACCCCCCCCCCCCCCCCCCAUCCCUCUGGUUAUCUCUUCCUUACUUAUUUAUCCAAACAGCAGGGAAAUAUGAUUGUCUAAUAAUCAACAAAGUGGGUAAACAUUUCAGUGUUCUAAGGCAGACAACCAGGAAGUAGGAUCCUUUUCUAGAGACAUCAAAUUAACAUGUAUUGUGCCAGAAUUAGAAAGGGGUAAACAGUACUUAUCUUUGACUACAUCACAACUAGUCAAUCAGCUUCUCAUGUGCUCCAGGAAGAGGAAAGAUGAAGCACUGUCAAACCCAAAGCAUAUCACACUUUGGGGAUCGAUGUGACUAAAUAUUAUGUACAGUUUAUUUCAUACUGAGAACAACUCUCAAUCUUUCUGAAGUUAGAUAUUCUCUAGGGAGGUUUCUAAUUAUCUGUAAGUUGAAACAUCUGCCAGCUCACCUCAAGUCCAAAAUGUGCUGUGAGGUUUUAUGGUCAUCUCAGGAUGCUGGCAUCAUGCCUGAUGAUUGGUGCAGUUACAGUGGAGUAAAAGCCAUCAGCAAUGACAUGCUAUGCCUCUGCCCAUCAGGUUAAAUACACUUGAAAACACAAAGAAGGUACCUCCUCACAGGCUUACUUGUCUUGACAGUUUAAACGAAUCAGAUAUACUGCAACUGUUCAGCUGUACUUACAGGGAAGAUGGUUUUUAAUCUGGAUAAAUUCUGUAGUGAGCAGGGAAUACUGCACUUCUUAAGGAGGUUAAUCCAUUCAAGGGAAAAAAAGCCAGCAAUGAGUUUUGCUUUCUCUCUCCUGUUUUGUUAUGCAUGGUUCAAAUAAACCAAUAAUAGCUUGCCAGAAGACAGGCUGUUACAAAACAUACAGACAAGUUCAAAUAAAAACAUGCUAGAAUUUAAAACAAAAAACAACUACACACAGAAAAUGUAUGAAAUACCAGAAUUAGACUAAUUGUAGAAACUAAUGUGUCCUUUCUCAUGUCCAUAAUUUUUUAAUCUUUAAUUACCUGUUCAAGUAGUGCUGAUGUAUUGGCAUAAGCCUUUGCGAUGAGCUACCCUACUCAAGAGGGCAGAAUAAGUAAUAGCUUUCUAUUUUGUUUUCUCCUUAUUAUUGAAGUUUGUACUCUGAAGCUUAGUCUCUACUGCAGAACAAAAAUAUAACCUAGAGAAAAUAACAUCCUUUUCUGCUACAUCCACCUACCCAGGAGCCACUGCUAGGGAACUGUCUCCCCAACAUUCCUGCAAGCUAGAGGAGUUGUACUACACAUAAUUAUAGGAGUAGUAGUAUUGAUGAUAGUGUCAAGUGUACAAACAAUUCACAAGUACUACUUAUUAGAUAUGCCUGGUUUUAGGGAUUUCCACUGGAGUGGCAGUCAGCCCUUAGGUGAGGUCUAAGAGAGGUGCAGCCAGGCCCCACACCUUCCGGUCACACAGCUGAAUUGCCUUCACCUGUGCUCCCAGGGCUGACCAGGCCCUUUCCCCAGGUGCUCAAUCAGUGGUUCAGGCCAGGACUCAACAGUUCCCAUACAACCAUCCAAAACUUACUUUGUAGUUACUCCCUUAUUUUCUAAGAACAAAUUAAUAAUUGUUAAAUUUGAGAGAGCAACAAAUAACUCUCAUGAGUUUUGCUGAUUAGAGAGAAGGAGGACUGAGUGGGAAGAAGAAAUGGAAAUCUGCAACACAUAGCAGGUCAGGGAGCUGCACUGCCUCAGCCAUUGUCUUGCUUUGCUUUUUCCCAGCUUUUCUGGUGGUGAAGGAAGUAAGAAAAGUCGCCACCACCACCACCCUCUGCUGCUACAUUUAAUCACCACGUGCCACAAAUCAAGAUGGUAUAAGCUGCAAUUAAUGCCAUCCUAAUAUAAGAAUGGGUGUAAUCACAGUAGCUAAAUGAGAAGGCUGCUAAUUGCUGGUCAUUGACAUGCUUCAACAGAUGAGCAGCCUAUUAGCGUUAGAAAUGAGGGAGGUUUAUUACUACUAUGUUAUGUGAUCAGCACGUCUUUGUCAAAAUAACUUCCUGCACAAUAAAAGUAUGAAAUGAGUUGCUCCUUACACAGUAGGAAAAAUUUUGUUGAGAUAGUUAAAAAACCAUGGGUUUGUUUCACUUCAAUUAUGAUAAUUAGUCAGAUGGUGUGGAAAACAGAAGGGGAUUGUCUUUUUCUGAAUUUCUCUUUCUCUUUGUGAACGCUAUGAAGGAUCCCUGACUUUGACACUUUCCAAGCAGCAGGUGCUUCUGAAACUAGGACUGGAGCAGAAUGUGCUAAAUCUAUAUUUGUCCCCAUGAUACUUCUGUAAUCUCUUUAUAUAUGUGAGUAAUAUGCAUAUAUUAAAUGUUCCUUUGCAUAUAUGACUUUUUUUUAUUAUUAUUAUUGCAACACAGCUAAGAAAUGCUGGGAUUUCUAUUUGUUUGUUUUUAUUGAGAAAAAUAAAUGCAGGUCUUGUCCCAGCUCUGGGAAUGUGAAGCAUUUGCUCCAGCUGGAUUUUGUGUAUGUUCUGGCUGACAGCUGCUCCAGCCACCCACCAGAGCACCCCAGAAUCAUGCCCUACAUGCAGAGCUCACACAGGUGCUCCUUUGGUUCUUUAUCUCCUUGCCAGUAGGGCUUGCCUUUGCUUCAAAGAUUUCUGGCUUCCUUUAGGAGUUAAGCUGUUGCAGAGCCCUGUCUGCUUUCUCUAAUUUCUGUGAGCAGUAUAUCCAGUUCUGGAUCAGCACCAGUGAAGUUCACUUGAUAAAAAUGCUACUUGAAAAAAAGGGAAUUUAAGAAUACUGUUGGGAAGUCUUGUAAGGAUUGUUAUCAAUGUGACAGGAAUGUCCUGCACCUUUUUAAAAUUAAAGUGAAUAUGUCUACCAUUCCCUUCUAUAUACUGUUCUUCUUUUGAAACACUUCAUGUAGCACUUUAGCUCUUUCUUUCAAUGACCACAGUUUAACUGGGCGGUGUGUUGUGGGACAAUUAGCUCAGAAGCUGCUUUGCUUUAUUCAAAUAUGUUUUACCAUUCCUAUGUUCUUAGAAGCAUUGCAUCAUAACCACUCAGCAACUGAAACAUCUGUUUUCUCCUACCAGCCUUAAUGUGCUGGACUAUAUUAGCUAUUUGUUAAAACAAGUCCUUCAAGAUGUUGAUAGUAAUUUAUGAUACCUAAUAUAGUUUAAGUCUGAUUAUAUUUUAAUUAAUCUCUAAGUCACUCACUGAUAUUUGAGAACAAAUUAAAAAGGUUUAGUCUGCUUAUGGCAAGACGUUCCUAUCCAAAUGUGUAAACUUUUCAUGGUGCCUGUGGGAGACUUAUUUGAAGGCCUUUGACACUGAAAGAGAGUUUCUGAAUAGUUCAGAGCUAAUAAAACCUUUAAAGCCUGGAACAAAGCUAGGGUUUGUCUAGUGAGGCUGUUGUGUAGUUUUUCCUAUUUCUGUAGUUCCUUUGCUUUUGUUGUCUGUGCUCAAGUAAAUAUUGACGUUGAAAUUCCUUCAAGAUAUCUCUUGUGGCAUUACUUCAUUGCAAUUUAUGAAUCUAAAGCUAGCAGAGAAAUAUGAAAAUAUUGAAGUGGUUACUGGAUUCGGAAAUUGGAGGGGGACUAUUAUGUCACGGCUGAACUGGUGAUAGAGCACCUGGUGAAGGGGAGGGCUGACCCAAGAAGCACAGGUGCAAGCAAUUCAGGUGCUUUCCAUGUGACUGGAAGGGGUGGACCCUGGGUCCAUUCCUCCCUGGGCUCAUUUAAGGGCUUGCCUCUGAAGGAAGAAUGGCUCCUGGAUGAAGGCUAUUUUCUGAGAUGGUGUGCUCUGUAGCUAGAGAACCUCAUUGCCAGUCAGGCCUCACAGAACUGAGUUAUAUGAAGGCGUUCCACCAACUUGCUGGCCUAUUGUGUAUUCUCCAGACUACAACAUCACGUUCAUGGGACUGGAGAAACUACAUCCAUUUGAUGCAGGAAAAUGGGGAAAAGUAAUCAACUUCUUGAAAGAAGAAAAACUAAUUGGAGAUGACUUGAUUGUGCAAGCACGGGAGGCUACUGAUGAAGAUCUUCUGGUUGUUCACACAAGGCGCUACCUUAAUAAAUUAAAGUGGUCAUUCGUUGUGGCUACAAUCACAGAAAUCCCACCAGUCCUCUUUCUUCCCAACUUCCUUGUUCAGAGAAAAGUUUUGAAACCUCUGCGAACCCAGACAGGAGGAACAAUAAUGGCAGGAAAACUUGCUGUUGAUAGAGGCUGGGCAAUCAACGUGGGAGGUGGUUUUCAUCAUUGUUCAAGUGAUAAAGGUGGAGGAUUUUGUGCAUAUGCUGAUAUCACACUGGCUAUUAAGUUCUUAUUUGAAAGAGUACCGGGGGUGUCUAAAGCCACAAUUAUUGAUCUGGAUGCUCACCAGGGAAAUGGCCAUGAGAGGGAUUUCAUGAAUGAUCAUAGAGUAUAUAUCAUGGAUGCAUACAACAGAUAUAUUUAUCCAGGAGAUGGAUUUGCUAAACGUGCCAUAAAACGGAAGGUGGAGUUAGAGUGGGGUACAGAGGACACAGAAUACCUUCAGAAAGUACAUACUCAUGUGGAAGGAGCAUUAAAUGAAUUAAAACCUGACAUUAUUGUUUAUAACGCUGGAACUGAUAUUCUGGAUGGAGAUCCAUUGGGAGGACUUGCUAUUUCACCUCAGGGAAUUGUGAAGAGGGAUGAAGUCGUGUUCAAGGCUGCCAGAAGCCGUGGAAUCCCAAUCUUGAUGGUGACAUCUGGAGGCUACCAGAAGAGGACUGCCCGAAUUAUUGCUGAUUCCAUCCUCAAUUUGCACAACCUGGGGCUUAUUGACAAGGAGCUAGCAACCAGUGAAGCUGAAAGUCCCAAGGUAGAACAGAUGAUUAGGGACUCUGUAACAGACUUAACCAAUUUAACCUGCAGCGAUGGUUAAUAAGUUUUUUUUUCCUUAAGUUUAGUAUUUUAGGAGUAGGAAGUUUCCACGUUACAGGGUUAAUAUAAGAAAUUGACAAAGGACUCAGCUUGCCUGUAAAAAAAAAAAAAUAAAUAACCUAGUACAGACAACGCACAGUUGCAGAUUAACUGUGUUUAACUUCUGAAGCUGUCUUGAGCAAAGCCAAUAAAUCCUUCUGUGCUAAUUUAGAUGUACUCAAGAGUACUUUAUUUUAGUUUAAUGUUUAGUAUAAUGUUACUGUGGAAAGCUUUAAUUGCUUCCUAUUGUUAUAGAUUGUCCACCAUGUUGAAAGAACUAUGUGGUUGGACUGUCCCAGGCCUGUUUGGUGGUACGGUUCAGACAGUGGCCGGAGUAAUCUGCACUAAACUUACUGUUAUUAUUCUUAGAUACUGCAUUAUAUUUAUUGCUUUUUUAAAAGGUUGUUAUAACAGUUCUGUGCAGUCUUCUACUGUCAAUUUAACACUCAAGUGCAAUAAUAUGGAGAACAGUCCAGUUACUUGGCUUUUAAGCCAUAGCCUAUUAGAAUGAACAUUUGUUAAUGUAUAUUUUGUUCCUAUUUACUGUAGUGACAUAGAUCCUACUUUAAAGUACGUUGAAAAUAGAAUAUGAAAUGUCUUUGGCUUAGUAUGCAGAUGGGCCAUAAGGGGAUCAGCAAUAAGUUGCUAUGUUAAAUGUUUUUUUGCCUCUCUUGAAAUGAGGCAUUAAAGGCAGUAGUUUCUAUGCAUUGUAAUUUGUUUACUCUGACUUACUAGAAAAUUAAACCUAAUUGUAGUGGUCUGAGAACUGUUGCUGAGAAUGUCAUGUAAAAAUAUGAAAUACUUUUUAUCACCAAUUUGUCAUAUGUAAGCCUUGAAGAGUAAACUUCAAUAUUUUUUUUCCAGCUAGCUGUUUUUCACUUGCUUGAACAUUACUGGUAGUCGUAGCUACAGUCAUAGUUCGUAACCAAAUUGUUCAUACUUAGAAAUACAGUACUGUGAAACUUCUACACUAAGCUAAUGUAAUAACCCUACAUGGGAGGUUCUAGGAGGUACUAUGAUAUAAGAACAAAACAGUGCAUUCAGAUGCAAAUUUUUGGUGCAUUGGCUGUAAUGUUUGUUUUUGUUGGUAUAUUAUGCAUUAAUUACUGUUUGUAGCAUUGGGUCUUAAAUAUACUAAACUGUAUAUUUGACAAGAGGUUUCUUAACUUUAAAGUAUUCACUGAUGUGUUCAGGUUUGAGCCUUUCUAUGAAGGGACCCUGAUGUUUUCCAUGUAGUAGAAUUGGUGUUUAGGCUAUUUAAGGAAUGUUUCACUCUAAUUAGAAUACUUACCUCAGUAAUGUCAUUUUUAAAUUUAUGAUGUUUAUUAAUUGUUGGAAUUUGCACAAUUGCUAUACAUAGCUGCUUUAAACCAGAUUUGGCAUAUUGCACUAAUUUUGAUUUGCAACACCAUUGUUGAAAGGCACUUUUAAAUUUCUUACUUAUAGGUGGUCAGAGUAUGACUAAUGUUGAGAUUUAUUUUUUCUAUGCUGUCUGUGUUACUGAAAGAUAUUGGUAUUCUUUCAUAUAAUUUUUAUAAAAUUAUAAAUGAAAUUUCUAUGAACUAAAAUGCUGUAAUAGUACAUAUUCUGUUUGUGGUAGCUUGUUUAUUUUACUUUAACUCAGCAAAGAUUAAAAUAAUGUUGAAUAA